GGUGAGUUUGUGUCAGUGAUGGAGGGAGAUUCUGUCACUUUAUCUGUCAAUCUCACUGAAACACAAAUUAAAGAGGGAAUCACCUGGAAGUUUGGACCUAAAGAAACUCCUAUAGCUAAAAUAAAUCAAUAUAAAAUAUAUGAAGAUAGAGCUGAAGGAAGAUUUAAAAAUAGACUGAAGCUGAACAAUCACACUGGAUCUCUGACCAUCACAAACACCAGCGUCAGACACACUGGACUUUAUCAUAUAACCACCAACCAAAAUAAGCUACUCAAGAUGUUUAACAUCACUGUCUAUGCUCAUCUUCCCGUUCCUGUGAUCAGCAGUAACUCAUCACAAUGUUCUUCAUCAUCAUCAGUCUCAAAUUGUUCAUUAUUGUGUUCAGUGUUGAAUGUGAAAGAUGUGAGUCUGUCCUGGUAUAAAGGAAACAGUUUAUUGUCCAUCAUCAGUGUGUCUGAUCUCAACAUCAGACUCUCUCUACCUCUGGAGGUUGAAUAUCAGGAUACAAACACAUACAGAUGUGUACUCAACAAUACCAUCACAAACCAAACUCAACAUCUCAACAUCAAUCAACUCUGUCAGACGUGUUCAGAUACAACAGCUGUCACAGGAGUCACAGGAUUCGAUGUCAAAGGGGUCACAGGAGUCAAAGGGGUCACAGGUGUCAAAGGGGUCACAGGUGUCAAAGGGGUCACAGGAGUCAAAGGGGUCACAGGUGUCAAAGGGGUCACAGGUGUCAAAGGGGUCACAGGAGUCAAAGGGGUCACAGCUGUCACAGGAGUCAAAGUUCUGAUCUUCUGGAUCUACAGAAAACACAAAAAGACAAAGCAACAGGUUGAAACAGUUCAGAGCAGUGGAGACGAGAUCGUUUAUGCGGAUCCAACAUUCUGUAAAAGACAAACACAUAAACCGGUAGGCCACGGCCAAGAGGGUGACAAGGAGGAAGGGGGGCAACGGGGAGGGGGUCCAAAGCCCUGUGGGCUGGGAUGUGAGACUCAGGCUCCUGCCUGGUCUCUACUAUCCGUGGCGCCCUCCUUCUUCUUCCUGGAGGCAGAAAUCAAAGCAGAGCGACUGAGACACAAAGGUGCAGUUGUUUCGAUUCAUAUGGUUCUCACCUCUCUGCUGGACACAGCGUACCGUAAGUACCAGUUUCACUCGUUUCUUCCCAUGUGGUUCACUCUCUCUCUUUCCUUCUCCACAGGUGGUGACUAG